GAGAUUACUUUACUUCUAUUUAUAUAACUAGCGUUUGUUAAACAUAGCCAUUUUGGUUACUCUUUUGUUCCGUUUUCUCCUUUCUUCCGUCCCCUUCCUUUCUCUUUCUCUAUCUUCCCCUGUGGUUUAGGACAUUGAUCAUCUCAUUACCUUUCCCAUUUUAUUUCAGUUUCGUUUCUCUCCUUUGCCUUUUUCAUCUAGCUAGGUUUUUUGGUUUUCUGAUUUGGGUUUACGUAGGUUUCUCUUGUAAUUUAUUUACCAAGGUUUUUCCCUCCCCCUUGCUAAAUCCUGUAAAUUAUCAGAUUUGUUUUCUUUGGUUUUGAACUUUGCUAUCGAUCUAUAUAUUUUCUCCUCGAUCUCUUGCCAUUAGAGAUAGAUAUAAUUAAUCCUCUCCAAUGGCGCAACUCCCUCCUAAAAUCCCCAACAUGACGCCACAUUGGCCUGAUUUCUCCUCCCAAAAGCUCUCCCCGUUCUCUACCCCAACCGCAACCGUUGCUGCAGCCACUACAACCGUACAAAACCCUUCAUGGGUAGACGAAUUCCUAGACUUCUCAGCCUCACGCCGUGGCAACCACCGUCGCUCAAUCAGCGACUCCAUCGCGUUUCUUGAAGCUCCAACCGUAUCAGACCAUGUCAGCAUCGAGAACAUCCACUUCGACAGGUUCGACGACGAACAGUUCAUGUCCAUGUUCACCGACGACGGCGACCUUCAGAAUAACACUUCCCAUAUCAAUAACAUUUUAGGUACCACCGGAUCUUCCUCAAACACGCCCACGCCGUCCAAUAGCAUCAACGACGACAACAAAGAACCACCCUCCAUCUAUCAUGACAUGAACAAUACUAACAACAAUUGUAACAAUAAUAACGAUGAAGUCCAGAGCCAAUGCAAAACGGAGCCAGAUGAUGGUUCGGCGUCCAAUAACAAUUCCGGUGAUAGCUCCGGCAACCGGAUUCUUGAUCCCAAAAGAGUUAAAAGAAUACUAGCAAAUCGGCAAUCAGCACAGAGAUCAAGGGUUAGGAAACUGCAAUACAUAUCAGAGCUCGAACGUAGCGUCACUUCGUUGCAGGCAGAAGUGUCAGUGUUAUCGCCAAGGGUCGCGUUUUUGGAUCACCAGCGUUUGCUUCUUAACGUCGACAACAGUGCUCUCAAGCAACGAAUCGCUGCUUUAUCUCAAGACAAGAUUUUCAAAGACGCACAUCAAGAAUCAUUGAAGAGAGAAAUAGAGAGACUUCGACAAGUGUAUAAUCAACAAAGCCUAACGAAGAUGGAUAAUGCAAAUCAUUCACCGGCGACCGGAGCAGUAGCUGCUUCGGCGGUCGAAAUCAAAAAGUCUAUUGAAAAAGAGCAGCUCCUCAAUGUCUGAUAAGUUAUUAAUCAUCAUUAUCAUUAUCAUCAACAUUACUCUCUCUUCUUGGCAAAAAUUCUUGAAUAUAAAAUCUCUUUCGGUUAAGAAUUUCAGAAGAUUGACAUUUUUUUAUUCCUUUCACUUAUUUUUUUUGUAAGUUGUGAUGAAUUCAUUUUGAUGUUUUUUGUUUUAUUGUGUUUAUGUCGUUUUUUGGGGCGGUUGAUGAAAAAAAGUCAUCAAUUGUGUGUUUUGUACAAAGAACUAGUUGGGUUUAUUUUUUAUUAUUGUUUUGUUCUGGGAGUGUAUAAAGAUUUGUGUACGAAUUAUAUAAGAUUUUUACGGAAUAGCUUAAUAUUUUUCCUCACUGUUUACUCUAUACAUUA